CCUCAGGCUUCCAGGAUGUUUGCCCAGUGCCCCCAGAGGUGUGUGAGCUCCGUGGUGCUGAUUGCUCUGCUCUGCUGCCUCCUUUCUUCACCAGUAGAAGCCAGCAAGAGCUCGGAGGACAUCCGCUGCAAGUGCAUCUGCCCCCCGUACCGCAACGUCAGCGGCCACAUCUACAACAGGAACGUCUCCCAGAAGGACUGCACCUGCCUGCACGUGGUGCAGCCGAUGCCGGUGCCGGGCAGCGAUGUGGAAGCCUACUGCCUGCUGUGUGAGUGCAAGUAUGAGGAGCGCAGCACCACCACCAUCAAGGUGAUCAUCAUCAUUUACCUGUCAGUGGUGGGGGCCCUGCUGCUCUACAUGGCCUUCCUGGUGCUGGUGGACCCUCUGAUCCGCAAGCCAGAUGCUUACAGCCAGCCCCUGCACAACCAGGAGGAGAACGAGGACGCUCGGUCCCUGGCUGCUGCCCCCGGGGUGCCUGGGGGCAGGGCCAACACGGUGCUGGAGAGGGUGGAGGGUGCCCAGCAGCGCUGGAAGCGGCAGGUGCAGGAGCAGCGCAAGACUGUGUUCGACCGCCACAAGAUGCUGAGCUAG